GGCCAGAGUCAAGGUAGAUGGUCAGAUAACAUUAUCAUGGUCUCCAGCACAAAACACCUCGUCUCGUAUACACAAGCUGACAAACAAUAACAAACUUCGGACGAUUAUGGCGGCAGUCCACGGAUCCUGCCUGUGUGGCGGCAUCACAGUUGAGAUUCACGGCAAACCUGACACGGUCAUGCAAUGCUACUGCGACCACUGUCAAAUGAAUGCCAGUGCCCCAUUUCAAAUCGUUGCCAAAUAUGACAAAUCGCAGGUCAUUGUACAGACUGGCGAGGAUCUGGUGAAGCAUUACAUCGUCACCAACACUGCGAGUGGUCAACCGAAACAUAAAGUCUUCUGCAGUUCGUGCGGUUGUACUUUGUGGACAAUUCCCAUGAAAUACGGCGAUGCAAACCGGUUCGUACGGGUGUCCCUGAUUGAGGAUGGAUUGAAGAACCUCAAACCGGACCAGGUGUUGUUUGGGGAACGAAAGGAUACUUGAGGGCAGUGACCACAGGAAUUGAUAAAAGGGAGCCGAAGAGGAGAGACGACCAGGGUACAUUUCGGUUGACAGGGGUCCUUAAGCAAUCCAUGGAGCCCGGAAAUACCCCUUACCGGCUCUAACUUCAUGCCAUCUAGGCGCUCGUAAGCAUUAUUUGGUGCCUGUCCAAGUCUCGUGCCGAAGACUCAGUGACAUCACUCCUCACACUUGUUCUCGCGCUUUGUUUUGACCUCAUCUAUUCUCCAUCACAUCACAAGGCGAGAGUCUUGAUGUUUAUCGAUUGACACACUGCUUACCAUUGUGAUUACGAUACAAUUCUAACAAAAGACAAUAAAU